CGAGUUGAAAGAGAAAUAGAGAGAGAGAGAGAGAGAACACGAAGUGAGUGAGUGAGUGAGUGAGUGGAAAAAGAAAAAGUCUGUGCAGGAGAAAGGAGAGAACAGAGUUGGCUUCAGUGUAUCUACUUUUGUUCCCUUCUUAUUCUUCUUUUUCUUCUUCUUUUUUUAUUAGUUUUUUUUGGGGGAUUUGCACCGCCGCCGCUGCUACUUCUUCUUCUUCUUCUUCUGUUUUGGAUUCUCUGUGAGGAUGAUGAUGAAGAUGAAGGUGAUGAAGAUGUGGAGGAGGAAUCGACCAUGCGACACCGGGAUGAAAUUUUAGACUCUUUCGCAUUCCUCUGCUUUUUAAAGUGUUGACCGACCUGCCUCCGCCAUUCAGACACUGGGGUGGACUCUAUUACCCCCACCACCACCACUACUAUUACCCCUCCUGCAGAAGAGAGGAGGGCAACUUUUUAUUUGAAUACUCUACAUUGCAAAACACAACAAAACAUUUUUUAAAAACUUGAGAUGCAAAGCUGUACCACAUGCAAAGUUAGUGAGUAAAAGUUAAAGAAGAAGGUGGAUAGAAGGGAGGAGGAGGAGGGGGGUUCGAACUUUGAAAACGACGCCGAAAAUCGAACGCGUAUUCCGGGGAAGGUUCGUUCUAACACGCCGCUGAAAGGAGUGGAAGUAGCGGUUAGCAGCUAACAGCUAGCGGCUAACUCUCUCCGGCUAGCAUUCUAAAGUUACCCACAGUCGACGACAAGAGAAGAAGAAGGGAAGAAAAAAGAAGAAAAAAAGUGACUUAAACGACUCAUAGACGACGACGACAACAAAGAUGAAAACCUCGACGGAUUCGGGGUUUGCUUUCCCAGAGUGGGCCUACAAACCCGAGUCGAGCCCGGGCUCCAGGCAGAUCCAGCUGUGGCACUUCAUCCUGGAGCUGCUGAGGAAAGAGGAGUACCACGACGUCAUCGCCUGGCAGGGAGACUACGGCGAGUUUGUCAUCAAGGACCCGGACGAGGUGGCUCGCCUGUGGGGGGCCAGGAAGUGCAAACCUCAGAUGAACUACGACAAACUCAGCCGAGCGCUAAGAUAUUACUACAACAAAAGGAUUCUUCACAAGACCAAAGGGAAGAGGUUCACCUACAAGUUCAACUUCAACAAACUAGUUCUGGUCAACUACCCCUUCAUCGACAUGGGCACCGGUCGAGGUGUUCCCCAGAGUGCCCCUCCUGUGCCCAGCGGAGGCACCCACUUCCGUUUCCCCCCUUCCACGCCUUCAGACGUGCUCUCAUCCAGCGAGGAGCUGCGCAGCCCGGGCAUGUUCAGCAGCGUCGCCCGCCGCAUGGCCCGCGGCUCCGUCAGCGACUGCAGUGACGGCACCUCCACCAACUCGGAGCUAGAAGAGGCUGUCGGAGCAGAGGAAAGAGGCGUAGGGCCCGAUAGAGGCUUCAGGGGUCUGCUGCCCCCCCGCCUGCCUCAUGAUUCUCUUUUCAGGGUCUACGGCGGAGGCCCUAACCCAGCAGGGCUCCCCAGACCAGGCCACAGAGUCCACCCAGAUCCUCUGUCCCCAUUCCCCGUCUCCCCACUGCCUGGCCCCGGAGGUCUACUGGCCCCCACUCUGUCCCCAGCCCUCUCCAUGACCCCUACCCCCCACCUGUCCUACACCCCCUCCCCGUCCCUGUCCUCUCCCAUGUUGGGCUCCCACUUCUCCUUCAACCCGGAGGAUAUGAAGCACUACCUGCAGGCCCACACCCAGUCCGUCUACAACUACCACCUCAGCCCCCGAGCUUUCCUCCACUACCCCAACAUUGUCAUCCCUCAGCCCCACCGCCCGACUCCGGAGAAGCCGGCGGCCCACCACCUCCACGGCCUGCCGCUCUCUCAUUCGCUGAGUCAGCAGGCGGCAGACAGGGAGGAGGCGCAGCAGCAGCAGCAGCAGCACCCGUCGCCGUUCAAGUUCAAACUGCAGCCGCCGCCACUCGGGCGCAAGCAGAGGGACACGGGGAGCUCACUGGCUUCUUCUUCUUCCUCCUCUUCCUCCGGUCAGUCCUCCUUGUUUACAGGAUCUGGCUUGGCUGCAGGGCCGCCGAAAAUCAAGGUGGAGCCUAUAUCAGACAUCGAGUCAGAAGAGGAGGUGGAGGUGACCGACAUAAGCGAGGAAGACGAGAUGAAUCACAACGAGGGUGGCAUCUUCACCCCGACGGCUCUCCACCAUCGUCACCAGCUCAACAACCAUUACCAAGCUAACGGCACCGGCAGCAGCCCGUCCGCACCUCCGCCGCACGGCAACCCCGAAGAAGACCCCGACGAUGACGAGGAGGUCUUCAAGACACCCGCCACCCCCGGCAGCGGCAGCCUCGCCUUCCCGCUCCUCAACCUGAAGAGCGAGCCGGGUCAGGCGGCUCCCAUCAGCCCCGGAGGCACUCGCUGCAUCCCGCUCAAACUCCGCUUUAAACGCCGCUGGAGCGAAGACCAGAAGAUGGAGGCGGACGGCGAAAGGGACGAGGCCGAGGAUAAGAAAGUGAGGGCCGAGGGAGAGGAGGGAGGAGAGGCGGAGGGGAAGAGAGGAGGGGAGGUGGAGAACGGCGGCAGCGGAGGAGGAGCAGGAGGAGGAAGAGGUGUUAUUUUGGGGUUGAUGCUGCCACCGCCUCCCACCCAGCGCAGGGCGAGCUCCGAGCUGCAGAGAGCUACGGCACAGCUGUCUCUGGAAAACACUGGCUGCUGAGCUUCACACACACACACACACACACACACACACACACACACACACACACACACACACACAGGGGAUCCUACUUAGACACAAAACACACACCUCUGGGAGUCUUGUUAACAGAUUUAAUAGUUUUAUAUAGACCAUAAUGCCUUUGUGGGUUCUCGUCAGCAGUGUUUUCUCUCAUGACGUCAGAGAAAGAGCUCGAUGGGAAAACCAGCCGAUGAACUAAACACUCUGAUCUUACUGUCGAGUGUGUGUUUGAGCACAUUCAUGUAUCAUAUGUAUGAAAUGAUGCUUUUUGUGCUUUAAUUAAAGGAGUUAUUGGACACUUUUUACUGACCUCACAGCCCCACUAGCUCCUUAAAUUACUCCACAGAAACCAGAUAUCUUCCUACAUAUGUUACAUUUCUAAAUUAAGGCAUCAUGAUCUAUGUAAAAAAAUCCUAAAACAUACAUGUGCCUGUGUUAGCCUCUAGUGUGCUGCAAGGUAUGAACACAGCAGACAGUCUAGAGUCUCUCUGCUGUGACUUAAAACACUAAAAAAUUAACCAAACUUAGCCUGUAUAGAAACUUUUGUCCCUUUUUUAAAAAAUAAAAAAAAUUAGAGCCCUUUUUUUAAAGAGGGGAGCGUAUUCUUAAUAUCGCCUUAGAAAUUGCACACUGCCUUUUUUCCUUUUUUUUUU